AUGAGGGCGAAGGUUCCAAGAAACUUCAAAAGCCCUGAGAUGAACCUCUAUGACGGAACCACAUACCCAAAGCAUCAUUUAAGCAACUUCAAAAGUCGGAUGUAUCUGGCUGAUACUUCUGAUGCAACACGUUGCAAGGCUUUUCCGACCACCCUGUCAAAAGCGGCGAUGAAGUGGUUGGAUAGCCUCCCUCCAAGGUCGGUUACCAGCUUUGAGGACCUCUCAAGAAAAUUCCUGAUGCGAUUCUCCAUCCAGAAGGAUAAAGUAAAACACGCACCGAGCCUCUUGGGAGUUAAACAGGAGGUCGGGGAACCUCUGCGUGAUUACAUGGAAAGGUUCAACAAAGCGUGUUUGGAAAUUCAAGAUCUGCCCACAAAGGCAGUUAUCAUGGGAUUAGUAAAUGGACUUAGGGAAGGACCUUUCUCACAGUCCAUAUCAAAAAGGCACCCGACCUCUUUGAGUGAUAUACAGGAGAGAGCGAAAAAGUACAUCAACAUGGAGGAAAAUGCCAGACUGAGAGAGUCGAGUUGGCGAUCUGGGCACCCUCCCUCGAUAAAAGAAAGGGAGAGGGAGCCCAAGAAGAAAGAAGACCUUGAAUGUGAUAGAAAAGCUGGCAGAGAAGGCCGACUUGACAAAUAUCUCAUGGAAAGGUCGGACAAUCAUGGGAAGAGAAAGCGAGAUGACGCGGAUAGAAGAGACCCACCACCGCAGACUCCGGAGAGACAUAUACAUAUGAUCUCAGGUGGAUUCGCGGGAGGGGGACUCACCAAGUCCUCUCGCAAGAGACACCUCAAGCGAGUCUACCAGGUCGAGAGCGAAUCGCCCGACCUUCCUACCAUCUCAUUUACAAAGGAGGAUGGGCAAGGAGUAAUCCCUGAACACGACGAUCCAGUGGUGAUAACCAUGAUCCUGGCCAAUGCCCAUCUACACAGAACUCUAGUAGAUCAAGGAAGCUCGGUGGACAUCCUUUUCAAACCCGCAUUUGACAAGCUAGGGUUGGACGAGAGGGAGCUAAGAGCCUACCCCGACACCUUAUACGGGCUAGGGUCAGCAUAUAAUGCCCUAAUCGGAAGAGCUACCCUAAAUCGACUCGGAGCGGUGGUAUCCACCCCCCAUCUCUGCAUGAAAUUCCCGACAACAGCGGGGGUAGCAAUGGUGCGGGAAGACCAGAAAUUGGCAAGAAAGUGCUACAAUGAAAGCUUGAACCUGAGGGAAAAAAGCAAAGAGGUUCACACCAUAGAGCUCGGCGGUGCAAGGGCCAAAGAAGAGUUACGACCACAGCUAGGUGGAAAAACCGAGGAAAUACAGGAUCCCGACCUGUACAACAGUGAAGGCGUAAGCUCGGCUCGAAACGAGCCCUAG